CUUUUUCUUAGCUUCACCUAAUCAGAGGAAACUCGUUCACAUUUACUCAACUUCUCUCUCUCUUCUUCAACAACUGAACCAACACAUUUAUAUGUAUAUCAAUCACCAAAACAACUUGUGUUCUUCACUCUCUCUCCAAUGGCUUCCACCAUUCUCAUCUUCCUCCUCUCCCUCCUCAUAUCUGCCUCCGCAGACUCAAACUUCAUCCAAAAAACCUGCAAACUUACCAAGCACUACGACCUUUGCCUCUCCUCUCUCAAAUCCAACUCAACCAGCGCCAAUGUGGACGCCAAAGGCCUGGCACUCAUCAUGAUAGGUGUCGGAACCGCCAACGCCACCGCGACGUCCACAUACUUGUCGUCGCAGUCGCUCAGCAGCGCGUCCAACGACACCGUCCUGAAGAGGGUUCUCAAAGAAUGCGCAGACAAAUACUCGUUUGCCGCCGAUGCUUUGCAGGAUUCGGCUCAAUACUUGGCCUCGGAGAAUUAUGAUUACGUCGCAGUAGACGUCACCGCGGCGGCGGAUUAUCCGAACGCGUGUCACAAUGCGUUUAAGAGGUUUCCGGGGCUGGUUUACCCGCCGGAGAUUGCUCGGAGAGAGCGGGGUUUGAAGGAGAUUUGUGAUGUGAUUCUGGGAAUUCUUGAACAUAUUGCCUGGUGAAGACAUGAAAAUGUAUGUUUUCUGAAUUUUUUUGUUUUUGUUUUAGGU